AUGCUCUACAUUUCUCUAUUUCUGCUGUUCUGCAUCUGUUGUAUAUCCCAGAGCCAUUUCAUUAGGUCACACGAAAAGGUUAACAGAAAACGCAAUCUCGACAUUUCUCUACAAUGCGAUGAUGGGGCCAAGAAAGACUGUGGAGAUAAAGCGGGUAGUGAAAACAAGAACCCCGGCAAUCUGUUAGACAAGAACAAUCCCAAAACCAAAGCCUCGAACAUUGCACAGAAUGCGGCCCUCGAGGCGAAGGCAGCAAAUGAUGCACAAAUGGCAGCCGCUGAAGCAGCCGCUUCGCAAGUGAAAGUGGAGCUCGCGGACAGGGCGCUUCAGUCUGCUCGAGCGGCCGAGGCAGCUCUAGCCGGCAAGCAGCAGAUCGUAGAGCAGUUUGAGUCGGAGUACAGCGAAGCUCAGGCUGUCGUCCAGGAGGUAAACAGCUCGUUACAGAAUACCCAGGCGAAUGCAGCAGCAGCCAACGAAGCUGCCCAGGAAGCUAGACGGCAGCUUAAUCAUCUCAAGCAACUGGUGCAGGCAUCCGCCGCAAAUCUGGCCAACAUUAAUAAUGUUUCAAAUGGUGCACAACAGGAGCUGGCAGAGAAGACACAGCUGCUGGAGGCGGCUAAGAAUCGAGUUGCGAACCUUGAACACCAGCUAGAAGUGGCCAAGCAGGACUUUGACAAGACCAAGAAAGCCGCCUACAAAGCAGCCUGUGCAGCAGUCGAGGCCAAGCAGAAAGCCCAAAGGAAUCGGCGCCGAAUUUAAGCUGCUGACCAGCAGCAGAAAUAUGUGUUCAACUAUUUUGAUAACACUGAAAUUUUUUGAUUUAUUU